GAGCUUUACGUCAUUCAGUUCUCUUUCUGAAAAUUCCUUUUCAUAAAUUUCCCCAGGAUGUUGAGAGAAAAAGGUAUAAAAGCAGAUCGAGACUUUGUCAAAUCAGAUCCAUUCUACGAUCUAUUGAGUGCUAACACUUGUUGUGAUAAAUUGACAAAAUGACUCAGGUGGUGCAUUUCUGCAUGAAGCUGAACAUGUCUUUGUUGAUGGGACUGAUCCUGUUCAAUUUGAUGGCCAUAUCUCCAUUUGCAGAUGCCCAGUCUCCAGUAGACUGCUGUCUUUCAUAUUCAAAGAAAGCUUUACCAUCAAGACUAAUUGUAGGUUAUGUGAGGCAGUUUGAAAAUGAGCUUUGCACAAUCAAUGCAGUCAUAUUUUACACAAGAAAAGGCAGAAGAGUUUGUGCAAACCCAGAAGAAGAUUGGGUGAACGAGAUUAUCAUUGGUUUUCUGAGGAAAGAACUGAAACAGAAAUGAACAAUUCAGUGGCCUUAAUUCCAUGGGUAUCAACAAUGUCACUUUUUAAUAAUCAUGUGAAAAAACCUUUAAAAACAAGUUGCAAUACUUAAAUACACUGGACUAUGCACAUCUCAGCAAAUUUUCAAAAAAAUUUCAUUCUGCUGAAUUGUUCUGUAAAAUUAAGUUUAUAUUUCUACUUGUAUUGACUAGUAAAUUGUUGUUUACUGUGAAUGCUUGUAAAUUAUGCGUAUGCAGAAAACUGAUGUACCUCAGAUCAA